UAAUUUUCCUCUGAAUUUCCAAAAAACUUUCAAAUUUUAAUUUCCAUUUCAUUUUUUAAUUUUAUUUUUUCUGGUUGGAAUAAAUUUUACAAACAAACAAACAAAAAUAGCCCCCUCAGCAUUACUUUGUAAAUAAAAAUAGCCACUCAACUUCUCCCAUUUCCAUUCUUUACAAAUAACAAUCGUCACAGGUUAGUUACCUUAACGACCCUUUCAAUAUUUUUCUUCAAAUCAAUUGAAAAAUCACUGUUCCCUGUAUUACUAUUAAUCAAUUGGCCAUUGAUUUUUCAAUUGUGUCAGAAAUCAGAUACAAAACCCUAGGUACCUCGAUUUUUGAAAUUCAUGUUUAUAACUAUAUUUUAAAUUGUUGGUAUCUUUAAAGAUUCAAUUUUUCACUGUGGGGUUUCCACAAUUUGAGCUCUAGGUAGUUUUCUUGAAGGAAAAAAAAAACAGAUUUUUCUUGGGUUUAUUAGCUUAGUGAUUGAAGUUUAUUAGUGGGGUUUGCUUAGGUAUUGUAUAAAGUCUCAAUCUUUCAUUGUUGGGUUUCCUGAAUUUGAGCUCCAGGUAGUUUUCUUGAAUUUCAAAAAAAAAAAAAAAAAGGAGAGAUUUUUGUUUGGUUUUUCAGCUUAGUGAUUGAAGUUUAUUUGUGGGGUUUGUUUAGUUAUUGUAUAAAGUUCCAAUCUUUUAUUGUUGGGUUUCCUCAAUUUGCGCUCUAGGGAUUUUUCUUGAAUUUCAAACUGUGGAAAAAAAAGGGAGUUUUGUUGGAUUUCUCAGCUUAGUGAUUGAAGUUUAUUAGUGGGGUUUGUUUAGGUAUUGUAUAAAGUUUCAAUCUUUAGAUGGAUCUUGAAUUGGUCAAGAAAAGUUUGAAUUAUGCUCAAAAGAAGAGGAAAUGGAUAAUUCUUUUUGGAUUAGUUGGUUUAUCUAGUUAUGGUGCUUAUAGAGUAUAUCACAUGCCUUCUGUGGUGAAGAAAAGGAAAAGGGUUAUGAGGCUAUUGGGGGCUUUUAUUUCAAUGGCUGAAAUGGUCUCUGAUUCUUCUGAAGCUGUUAGUGUUGUGUCAAAAGAUUUAAAGGACUUUUUGCAGUCUGAUUCUGAUGAAAUUCCUAGAAGUUUGAGACAGUUAUCUAAAAUUGCAAGAUCUGAGGAAUUUACCAAUUCUAUGAUUAGACUUUCCCAGGCUUUAACAGUUGGGAUUUUAAGGGGAUAUGGGAGUGAAAAUAAGGGUGAAAUCGAGGAGGUUGGUAGGCCGAAUCUUGCUGAUAAGGUCAUGGAUAAAAUGAUGAGUACUGCUGGGACUGGAUUUGUUUCUGUUGUUGUUGGUAGCUUUGCUAGGAACUUGGUGUUGGGUUUUUAUUCGAAUAGUGGAUCAGAUGAGGGGUUGAAUGGGAAUUACCAGUCAAGUUCAUCAGAAGUGCCGAGAUGGGUGGAUAUUGUUUGUAAUGAUAGAUGUAAACUAGUGAUAGCUGAUUGUAUCCAGACAUUUGUGAGCACUGCUGUUGCUGUUUACCUUGAUAAAACAAUGCAUAUAAAUGUUUAUGAUGAGAUGUUUUCUGGGUUGACCAAUCCGAAGCAUCAAGCUAAUGUGAAGGACUUUCUAGUUUCUGUAUGUAAUGGGGCUGUUGAAACACUGGUGAAGACAUCUCACCAAGUCAUGAAUUCUAACUCUGCUUGUUCGAUUGCUGAUCAAAGUGAAUAUUUAACUCAAGAAAGUGAAAAGGCUUUUGAGAAAGUGCCAGAUUCGAGUCAACCGAUAGAUCAACAAAGUAAUGGAUGGCUGACUAGUGUGUCAACAACAUUAGCGGUUCCAAGCAAUAGGAGGUUUGUGCUUGACGUGACUGGCAGGGUGACAUUUGAAACCGUUAGAUCCAUCGUGGAGUUUUUCACUUGGAAGCUAUCAGAGAGCAUGAAAAGAAGUGUUAAUGUUGUUCACGAAGAAGUUGUGGAGAGAGGGCUGGAUGUCAUCACUUACGUCAACACUAAAUCUUAUGUAAUUCUUACAGUAUGCCUUGCAUUAUUUUUACAUAUUCUUGGCAGUACUCAUGCUUUAUUGCCUGCCUAAAAGUUAUUGAUCUCAUUUGAUCUAAUGUCUUAGAAGCUUAUAUGUUCUGUAGUCUAUAUGUACAUGCAUUUGUUAUACCUAUAAUUUAGAGGACAGUUUCUUUCA